AUGACGAGAAGUGUGUGCUACCUAACACGUACCAAAAUCUUGUUGUUUCCAGUCGUUAAGUGUGAUGGUACUAAAUAAAGUAGUGAUACACCGUCACAUUUAUUUUAAAUGUACUGUGGGUGGGUUGAUUAAACGACACCUAAAUAACCACAAGGUGGCGCCGAUUAACAAACCAAGAAACGGAGAUAGUACUGACUAAGACUUUGAUCGGCAGAAAGUUCUCUGGAAGUUACCUCAGCUGUUUCCUGAAGUUUGGUGUUUGUCAUUUUGAGAGGGUGAAGCAGGCAGAAGAAAGCUAAACAGGAACGGGGAUUAAAAUAAAUUGGUAGUGUUAAGGAGCUUUGACGUUCAGGCAUUCAAGGAUUGGUACUAACUAACUCAGACCAUUUAAAGCAAAACUGCACAAAUGGAGGACUUUGGGAAAAUUGUGUUCAGUGCAUUUAUAGUGUGGUUUACCCUGGUGGUUGGGCUUAUCAUGCUCCCUGCGAUGUUUGGAAUCUCCCUGGGAAUAACAGAAGUUUACAUGAAGGUUUUAGUGAAGACACUUGAGUGGGCCACUUUAAGGAUUCAGAGAGGUUCAACGGAACAGCAGAAACCUACGACUUUAGUCUCUAAUGGUAUUAUCCUAAGAGAUGACGGUUCUAUGGAGAAGGAGAUCGCAGACCUGAGGAAGGGCCGGAGCAGACCCCAGAUAAAUGGAGAAUUUGAAUUGAGCGACAUCUUCUACUUCAGUAAAAAGGGCUUUGAGUCCAUCGUGGAAGACGAGGUCACUCAGAGGUUCACCUCCGAGGAGCUGGUCUCCUGGAACCUGCUGACCAGGUCCAACAACAACUUCCAGUACAUCAGCCUGCGCAUCUCCAUUAUCUGGGUGCUGGGGGUCUUCAUUCGCUACUGCAUCCUCCUCCCUCUCAGGGUUACCCUAGCAAUGAUUGGGUUAAGUUGGCUGGUUAUAGGAGCCUCAUUGGUAGGACUGUUACCAAACAACAGAUUGAAAAACUGGCUAAGCGAGCUUGUCCAUCUGAUGUGCUACAGAAUCUGUGCCAGGGGCCUGUCAGCUACCAUCUGUUAUCACAACAAAGAAAACAGACCAAUGAAAGGUGGUAUAUGUGUUGCAAACCACACCUCCCCAAUAGACAUUGUGAUUCUGGCCAAUGAUGGUUGCUAUGCUAUGGUUGGCCAAGAGCAUGGCGGCCUACUGGGAAUUAUUCAAAGAGCCAUAGUGAAGGCCUGUCCACAUGUCUGGUUUGAGAGGUCAGAGAUGAAAGACCGUAACCUAGUGACAAAACGACUAAGAAAUCAUGUUGCAGAUAAAGCAAAGCUUCCGAUAUUAAUUUUUCCUGAAGCACAAGACACUGCCCACCUGUGGUGCCUCUUCCUUGGCCUUGAAUGUAGUUCAGCGUCCCUGCCCAUCCAUUGCUUGGCCUCUGGUACUUGUAUAAACAACACAUCAGUAAUGAUGUUUAAGAAGGGAAGCUUUGAAAUAGGAGGAACUAUAUAUCCAGUAGCAAUCAAGUAUGAUCCUCGUUUUGGAGAUGCUUUUUGGAACAGUGCGAAAUACAACAUGGUGAGCUACCUAAUUAGAAUGAUGACCAGCUGGGCGAUUGUGUGCGACGUUUGGUACCUGCCAGCGAUGAACAGACAGGAAGAAGAAAGUGCGGUACAGUUUGCUAACAGAGUGAAGGCAGCCAUUGCCAGGCAAGGAGGCUUGGUGGAUCUGUCCUGGGACGGUGGCCUGAAACGAGCAAAGGUAAAAGAUGCCUAUAAAGAGGAGCAACAGAAAUCUUACAGCAAGAUGAUUGUUGGAGACCACAGUAGCUGAACUGAAACGUCAAUGGCAAUUUCCAAAGGAAGCUGAGUCUUCACAUGCAUCCAACUAAUUGAAUUGCAUCACAGUGUUGCUCAGUAUAUACUAAUGCUAGUGUGCACUAUGGUGGGAUGCUAUGUGUGCCUUGAAACAAAACCACAUAAUUUCACCUAACAAUUAGUGAAAAGUGACUGUGCUGAAAAUAUCCAAAUAUGAUCAAAAAUAUUUAACACAAGUAUAUUUUAUAUUUACCUGGAAACUUGAGAACAUCAUGGUUGCACGGUGCUCAAAAGUCCAAACAAAUGCCUGGAAAAUUUAAAAAAAAAAAACUUGAAUGCUGAAAUCUUUUAUUUUUUUUAAAUUAGUUAAUUAAACAUAACUGUAAAUGGAGUUUAUAUUUUUGUUAUUUUCCAUUACCACCACUGUUUCAAUGAACUACUUUAUAUGGCAGUAUUUUUAAACAUGGAAACUUUUUUUGGCAAAUGUUCCUUUCAUUUUAACCUCUGACCUAAGGCAUACAUGCUAAGAGUCCCUAUAUGGUCGGGACAAUCCCGAUUUUCUAGCAAAUGUCCCGCGUCCCGAUGCAUAGGAAGAAAGUCCAGAUAUUUACACAUAGAAAAAAAAAAUUAUUCUGCACAUUAGACGUAGUGGAAACCCCACGCUGUGCUCUUCGUGCGGAUGAUACAUCUGCUGAUCACUAACUUAUACAAAAGUAGGAACACUUCAUGUCUUUUUAGUUUUUUAUUGUCAAACUACAAAGAUGAGCAACCCACUGAACAGUUUACAAAUGUUGGCAAGUAUGCUAAGGUGGCUGCCAUAUUGUGGACAUAUAUUGGCGACACUUUUUUUAAAUAUGUAACUCUUUCCAAUACUGGUUUCAUACUUGGUAGGAAACUGUAUUGUAUGAUUCUUCAGAUCGAGUUCAAUUGUGGUUAUCGAAUUAUGUUUGUAUGCUUUCGGAUACAAACUAUACAGUAUGUACUGUACUUUAUAAAUACAAAUAAUAACCAAAUAUGGCUUCCUGAUUGAGGUAAUUUUAGGUUUAGGUUUCUGCUGUAUAGAGAUAGUAUAAUGAUUUUUUUAUUUGUGUCCUUUUUUUUAAAUAAAGACUGGAAUCAAUGAAUAUGAAUAAUAAAUACAAUCCUACUGCUUUGGACUUGAUUUGUAUGUGAUCUCCUUUUCAGUUGAUUCACUACUUCUUUGAACCAAUGGAAUCCAGUAUAGUAAUCUAUGACUGUGGCAAGCUGAGCUGUUGAUUUUUUCUUUUUCACUGUUUUCACAAGGAGAUGCUGCCAUCUUGUGAAUAUAUUUAGCAUAGCAGUUUCGGGCUGAAUUUCUAAUAUUAUUUUGGCAUUGCUGCAGACUAAAAAUGAAAAAAAAAAAAUCCAGUGUUUUAAAAUAUGUUAUGUGUGAGCUGCUAAUGUUUGAGAUAAAACUACAGUAAAAGCAGAAAUACGUAAGGCUCAGAGCUCUGCUCUGGUAUACAUUGGUUCUUGGCAGUGUGAAACGAGUAUUUAUUGACUUUCAAUAUAUACUGUACCUAUACCUGCACAUCCUAACUAUUAAUCGAAAACUAAAUUCAUACAAACUGGUCACAUAGAAUCCCAUAGUGUGUUUUGAGAUGUUUUCAAUCUUUUGUGUUUUUUUUCUUUAUCGUUCCUCUGUUUUCUGACCUUGCUCAGCUAAAAAGCACAUCUUGAAUAACAGCUUUAAUUUAGACAGGAAUAAUUCAACAAUCCUGGCAAGCCUGAGACUAGAUGGAAGUUCACAGUGUGUCAUGACUCACUCUGAACUCUUGGCAUAAGUGUUAGAUAAUUUUAGCAGCAAAUGUAUUGGCUGUUACAGAUUUUUUUCUGAAAAAACAAACCAGUAUUUCAAAGCCUGUAAUCAUCAUAGAAAUUAAUUUAUAAUGUAUUCUGUGAUGCCCUUUCCUAUUCAGUUUUAAAACUUCUCAGUCAAUAUACAGCCUUUUAACUGUGA